AUGGCCUUCAUCAGCAACAUUCAGCAACAGAACAUCCUCACGCGCCUCACGCCCCCCUCAUCAAUCCUCGCUCGCCCAAGCCUCUUGACCCUUCAUCUCCUCUUUCCCCACGACCUCUUGCCCGCUCUCGACCUCCUCGACCGCGGCCUUGUCACCCGCUUGACCUGCCCAUCGAAUGUCUCUGAGGGCGAGCACAAAUUCAGCAGCGGCGGCCGCGAGGUCUGGUACGUCCAGUCGGCAUCCGCCAUCACCGACGCGGAGCAGUCUCGGGUUGGAGUGGCUGGAGGGACAGGCAGGUUCCGCAACGCUCUGCGCUCAAAGGCGACUGACACGUUCUACGAAGUGCGCUUAGACAGCUGGAAUUGCAGCUGUGCGGGAUUUGCAUUCCAGGCUUUCAUUCUACUGACGACAGGAGAGGAAGUGUGGAAAGCAGACGUAGGCAGUGGUGGGCUGGGGAAGGAUGAUGUUGCCAUGGCAGAAGGAAGCAGGGAAGGGUCCGCUGCAGAGGACUUCAGGUUCGGAGGGACAGCCAUGAACGGAGGGAUGGCACCGGUCUGCAAGCAUAUCCUAGCGGCGGCAUUGGCGAGAAACAUGCCCGCGUUCGUGCUGUCACCAGAUAGGGAGGGCAGAGACCGUGAGCGACAGGCAGGCAGGCAGGAGCUGGCCGGAUGGGGUGCGGGAUGGGGAGAUAGGUUUUGA